AUGGCUGUUGAUCCGAGCCAGAACGUCCAUGGGGACUUGCUCCCACAUGUGCACUUGCUGUCGACGUUCCGCUAUGCCUCGAUGCCGAGAGUCGACCUGCCGGAAGUCACAAAAUGGCUUCUCCAGGCGCCCAAGAUCGCCCGCGACACGGCUCCCUUCUACUGGACCUACCUCGACUCGCCGCAGGACGGGUCGAUCUUUUUAACCUGGCAGCCGACCGCGCGCCGGGGCAAUGAGUUUGCGAGCGAUGGAUAUGUGUGGGCGGGGCCGGAAGUUUCGUUUCAGCAUAGCGCGGGUAAUGGCCUGAUGCUCGAGAUUUACGUUCAACGAACCGGAUACCGCAUGGGCGAACACGUUGCGAUUCACUCGAGACGCCGCUUCCGACUUUGCCCUCCCCCGGUGCCCAUGCCGAACCUGCCCCAGGUCGACCCCAACCUGUGGAUCGUGCACUACGGGCCGGCCGAGAAGAACGAGAGGGUGCCUGUCAACGCAAUUGGCGUACCGCCCCCGAUUCAAAACCUCAUCAGCUACCGCCAGCACCUCUUCCAAAUGGGCCAGAUCGUCAGGAAGGAGUUUAUGCUCUCCGACCGCGUUAACUGGCCCCAGAUCCCGUUCCCCCAGCGCGGCCAGUCGAUGUAUGCUCCGCCCAUGCCGCAACGCCAUGUGCCGCAGGUGAUGGCCUACCCCCCGCAUGGCGGCCCCGCAGUCGGCCCUACGCCUAAGCGGCGUGGUGGGCAUGCUGCCGCGGCGGCUGCUGCGGCUGCUGCUGGUCAUCAGGGCCAGCCGAUGGGACCCGGGUUCCCGGGAAAUGAGACGGCGUUUGACGAUGAGGAGGACAGCUCCCGUGGUGAUAUGUUUGAUCACAUGAGCCCGCGCGAGUUGAGCAUGGCGCGGUACCAGCAGAACCAUGAAUGGAUGGAGGAGAUUCUGUCUUCGCCAUACCGCAUCAACCAGAUUGAGCCUGCGGACCUUGGUUUGGGUCGUAAGGGUGCGCUGGCGAAGCUUACGGAGGGUAUCUUUGAGGCACCGGGGAUCGAGGCGCUGCGCUCGGGUGCCAAGAAGCCGUACACCGGACACCUCGAUGAGGGCCUGGCGCAACAGUUCCGCAAGCGCGUGGAAGAGCAGAAUGCGCUCGCCAAAGCCGAGAAUGAGCAGCUCAAGGCGCAGCAUGAGGCGAUCAUGGCCAAGUUCAGGGGAAAUGCCGCUAUCAAGACGGCCGAACGGGAACUGCGCGCUUCCACGGAGAGCACCGGGACCGAGUUCUGGAGACUCGAGGGCAGGUUGGAGGAUGAUGAGGAAAACGGGGGCCAGUGGAAUCAGGGCACGUCCCAGUCGCUGGACGAGGUCGUGGCCCGCGUUGAGGAGCUGGUCAGCAAGCGUGCCGUUGCCGUGAGCGAUGUCCAGCGGGUCCAAGACGGAGGCUAUCAGGAGCCAGCCCCCGAGCCAGAGCCGCCCCAGCCGCAAUCACAAUUGCAGCCUCAGCCUCAGCCUCCUACGUCCGAAGCUGCCGACCUGUCUCGGCAGCCUUCCCAGGCUGGGUCUGGUGUUCUGAUCGGCGACCACGACAUUGACAUGGGCGGUACCGCUGCCGGCCUGCUGGACAUCCACACCGGUUUCUCCAACACCUCCACGCCUCUCAACAACUUCCCGACCCCGCAGGCUCACCUCUCUGGCAUCCACUCCAACGCUGCGACGCCCUCAAACUUCAACAUCCCCUCGCCGUCGCCUGCCCCGGCCGCCGGUCCCCAGCCCCCGGCACAAGAACAGCAAGACGUUCAAAUGGCUGAUGCCGAGCCCAGAGACACCGCUCCGGACCAAGGGACUGAGAGCGGCGACUGGGUGGUUGUUCCCAAGGACGAUGCCGCGCCCACUACUACCGCACCUGCACCUGCUACAACGGCUGCUGCUCCGACCACCGCAACAACCACUACAACCGCCGGCCCCAGCGGUGCCAAGCCCGUCUCCGCAGCGCCAACCCCCGGCGGCGGCGGCAGCGGCCUAGACGCAGAUGACACCAACGACUUCAGCUCACUAGGUGAUCUCGACACGGCGGGUGACGCAUUGGCGAACUAUGAUCCGUCGGGUGGACAUGAUGACGAUGGAAUUAUUGGUGGUCAUGAUCACCAUGGGGUUGGGGACCAUGAUGGUGAUGAUGGGCUGGGCGGGCUGGAUUUGGAUGAUUCUGCUUUUGGGGAUGCGUUUCAUGGGGUUGAGCAGGCUGGUGGGGGGUUGGAGGGGGAUACUCCUGCGGGAGAGGGGUUGUAG